AUGAAGAUUCCGAAACUUGAUGAAAUGCUUUAUGAUGUUCAGAUUGGUGAUGUAUCAGGUCAAGAUUCGCUAAUGAGCGUUGAAACGGGCUCUGUUAAGGAUGAUAUCCUUUCAAUCCUUCUUUUCCUUUUAAUUAUUAUUUCAACAGGAAUGGCUGGAUAUUUCGGUCCACCUAUUCGCAAAUCAGGAUUGUUAGACUUCAAAUAUCAUCAAUCUAUUUACCUUACUCCGAAAAAUCGUUACUUGCGCCUUAGUAUUUUAUUUAAUCUUGAAAAGCCCGCACAAAAUAACAGCUUACCAGUAAAGUUCGAUUACACAAUUAAAACAAUUAAAAAAGGUCAAGCCCUUGCUGAAAUUAAGAAGCAGUUUCAAAAUAAUUGUUUAAUUUUACCAGGACAGACUCAAACGCUUCCAAUGGAAUUCUUUUAUGAUCGAUUUGUGAGAUACGACGAGGCUGAUAUUCAAAUUGGCUUCGAUAAAAAUGGAGAAUUCGUUGGAGGAAAUAUUCUUUGGGAAUCUCUUGACGAAUACCAUGCAUUCUUUAACAUUUGGGUUAGAUCCAUCUUUAUUGUCUCAUCCAUCAUUGUUUGCACUCUUUUCAUUACGAGAUUGUAUAAUUCCAAGAAUGGAUACAAUAAAGAGCAAAUUAUUACAGCUCUCAUGUCCCAAGUUGCUAUUUAUGGCACAAAUCCAUUGUACCCAUUACUCGUUUUCUUCCCUUACUCCUUAUUUUCUUAUGUUGAAGAUAUUGCCUUUUCUGUUUCGACGACAUGCGUUUUACUUUCUUCCACUCUCAUCAUUGUCUUGAAUUCUAUUGCGAAAAAGAACAAAAAGCUUAAUACAGUCUUUAUUGUCGUUGGUAUUUACGCAUUUCUCUUUAUCUUCGCAAUUCUUCACGAGUUUACAAAGGAAAAUGUAUUUUCACCAUCAUUGGCCUACAUAUUCAACCUUAUUUACGGAAUUUUAUUUGUUUUAUACUCAUUAAUAACUAUUUCUCUUUCAAUUCUUACUUUAAUCAGAACUGAUUCAUCUGAAAGACACAAAUUUACUGUUUACACUAUCGUUUUCGCAUUUACUUUCAUUUUCUUAGGAAUUUCAACUUUAUUUGAAGCCAAAACUAACAAUUCUUCCGGAGCUUCCCUCAUGAUCGCUACAAUACACUGUUUUGCAAUUCUCCUUGUCUAUUUCCACUGGCCAUACGAAACUUCCAUUGAUCAACAGUAUAAUGAAGGAUUUGACGACCAAAACGUUGAUGAUUUCGAGCCUUCCAUCGAUGAAGAGCAAAUUAACAAUCUCCAGAUAAAGAUAGAAAGCGAUCCUGAAGAGGCAUAA